GGCGCAGGUGGAUUUGCAGUGUUGCUGUGGUUAGAAGUGAAUGGCCCAUAUGUUGAUGAUGCAUCAUAGGAGCAUCAUAGCAGCAUCCUCUUUGCCUGCUCAGGGGCGAUUCCCGUCCACAGCACAGGCCUGCUUCUGAAGUGAGCUUUUAAUCAGACAACUCUAAAGGAAUUAACCCUAAACAUUCCCCCCUCUUUUUUGGCUUGAAGCCUGACAUUUUAUUUUUAUCGUACUGCUUACCCUUCCACUGGAAACUGGUGUGGUCCCAGUGGACGGACACCAGUUGGCAGGAUGACUCACUUACAGGCUGGCCUUUCCCCGGAGACCCUGGAGAAGGCUAAGGUGGAGCUGAAAGAAAACCCGGAGACAUUACACCAGGACAUCCAGGAGGUGCGGGACAUGAUCAUCACCCGGCCAGACAUCGGCUUCCUCAGGACAGACGACGCGUUUAUCCUCAGAUUUCUCCGGGCGAGGAAAUUUAACCAUUUCGAGGCGUUUCGGCUGCUGGCUCAGUAUUUCGAGUACCGACAGCAGAACCUGGAUAUGUUCAAGAACCUGAAAGCCACAGACCCUGGCAUCAAGCAGGCCCUGAAGGACGGCUUUCCCGGUGUGCUGGCCAAUCUGGACAGAUACGGCAGGAAAAUAAUGGUCUUGUUUGCAGCUAACUGGGACCAGAGCAGGUACACAUUUGUUGACAUACUGAGGGCUAUCCUACUGUCACUGGAAUCUAUGAUUGAAGAUCCAGAGCUGCAAGUCAAUGGCUUCAUCCUCAUCAUCGACUGGAGUAACUUCACCUUCAAGCAGGCCUCCAAGCUGACUCCCAGCAUGCUGCGGCUGGCCAUCGAGGGGCUACAGGACAGUUUCCCUGCCAGGUUUGGAGGGAUCCACUUUGUUAACCAGCCCUGGUACAUCCAUGCCCUCUACACAGUCAUAAGGCCCUUCCUCAAAGACAAGACCAGAAAAAGGAUCUUCAUGCAUGGCAACAAUCUGAACAGCCUACACCAGCUGAUCCACCCGGAGAUCCUGCCGUCGGAGCUGGGCGGCAUGAUGCCACCAUAUGACAUGGGCACGUGGGCACGAACGCUGCUGGACCACGCCUAUGAUGAAGAGACUGACUAUUGUCCAGAGUCAUACACCCUGUCAGUACAAGACCUGGAGAGAGACCUGGAAAAAGACCUGUCUCCGAAAACCAUGAAGAGGUCUCAGUCCGUGGUGGAGCCCGGUGUUCUGAAACGACCGGAUAAAGUCAAGAGUGAAGAAGACAACAUGCAGCCACUCCUGUCGCUGGACUAAACACACAUAGACAGCUGGAAACUACCCCCUGACCACACACACAAACUGACACACACAUACAGGUGCAGCUCAAUAAAUCAGAAUAUCAUCAAAAAGUUGAUUUAUUUCAGUAAAUCAAUUUAAAAAGUGAAACUCAUAUAUUAUAUAGAUUCAUUACACACAGACUGAUAUAUUUCAAGUGUUUAUUUCUUUUAAUUUUGAUGAUUAGAACGUACAGCUAAUGAAAACCCAAAAUUCAGUAUCUCAGAAAAUUAGAAUAUUGUGAGUGUAUUGGUAUUGGACAGAAAAGGUCAUUGCUAAAGAAGCUGGCUGUUGACAGAGUGCCGUAUCCAAGCACAUUAGUGGAAAGUUGAAUGGAAGGAAAAAAUGUGGUAGAAAAAGGUGCACGAGCAACAGGGAUAACCGCAGCCUUGAGAGGAUUGUGAAACGAAGCCCAUUCAAGAAUUUGGGAGAAAUUCACGAGGAGUGGACUGCAGCUGGGGUCAGUGCUGUGAGAGCCACCACGUACAGAUGGCAUUCCUUGUGUCAAGCCACUCUUG